UUGGUAAUCGUAAAAUGCAUCUUUUACUAAAUAUUUUUUUAUAUGUGACCCUCUGCACUUGAGAGCGCGGGCGCAUCAAUUUGGCUUAUAGGAGCCAAAUCUCACAUGGACUCUCCAUUUGCGCACAGGAUGCGCUGGAGAUGACUUUAACCGGAAUACACCACAUGCAUGGCAAUAUUCGUGUAUACUGGACACUUGAGAUUCAAAAUGAACACGAGCUGAUCUGAUAACAUGUCUGAUUUAAUAAUAACACCGACGGAAGAUGUAAAGCUUCUGGUGGACUCUCCGGAGCGCAGCAACACCAGCGCUGCUCCGGGGCAUCCGCACUUGCAUUCAGGCAUCAUUAUCGCCACCGUUUACGCGCUCCUCAUCACUGCUGGACUAAUUGGUAAUGUGACGCUCAUUAGGACGUUUUGCAUCGUGAAAUCCAUGCGCAAUGUCCCAAAUCUCUUCAUGUCGAGUCUCGCUCUCGGAGACGUGCUGCUGCUGGUCACCUGCGCGCCCGUGGAUGCCAGCAAGUUUCUAGCGGACGAGUGGCUUUUCGGGCGGAUGGGCUGUAAACUCAUCCCGUUCAUCCAGCUGACAUCGGUUGGAGUCUCUGUGUUCACGCUCACAGCGCUGGCAGCGGACAGAUACAAGGCCAUUGUCAAGCCAAUGGAUAUCCAGACCUCUAAAGCCUCGCUGAAGGUCUGCCUUAGGGCUGCAUCAAUCUGGCUGCUCUCCAUGAUCCUGGCCAUUCCUGAGGUGGUGUUCUCUGAUCUACACUCCUUCCACAUCCCAGAAACCAAUGAGACUUUUAAAGCAUGUGCUCCGUACCCUCACGCCGGAGACCUGCACCCCAAAAUCCAUUCAAUGGCCUCCUUCCUUAUUCUGUACAUCAUUCCUCUCAUCAUUAUUUCUGUGUACUACAUCUUUAUUGCCAGGAGUCUGAUUCUGAGUGCUAUUAACAUGCCUGCGGAGGGAAAUGUGCACAUUCGGAGGCAGAUUGAGUCACGGAUACGGCUUGCCAAGACAGUGCUGGUGUUUGUGGGUCUCUUCGCCAUCUGCUGGCUUCCAAACCAUGUGAUUUACCUCUACCGGUCCUACCAUUACACAGAAGUGGACACCUCAAUGGCCCAUUUCAUCUCCAGCGUGUGCGCACGUAUCCUUGCCUUCACCAACUCUUGUGUGAAUCCCUUUGCUCUCUACCUGCUCAGCAAAUCCUUUAGAAAGCAGUUCAACAAGCAGCUUUGCUGCUGUUGCCCAUCCAUAUUGAUGCAUUCACAAAGCGCUAAGCGCAACAAUACACGACUGAGUUCAAUCAAAACAAAUCAAACCCAGAACCACUCUGUGGCCAGCUUCAGCCUUGUCAAUGGAAAUGUUGUCUGCCAUUAGAGCUAAACUAGCUCUACUACAGCUACAUCAUAGAAACAGUUCACUCAAAAAUAAAAAUGGGUCGCCGUGAUUUUGCCAAGUCAGACAUAUUCCUGAAUCAACAACUUUUCAUGAUCCUGGAUCAACAUUAUUGUUCAAAAAUAUUGAAUUAACUUAAUUCCUUCCCCUAAACCUAACUCUACCAAUAAUUUUUUCCUGAAAUCAGAAAUUAUAGCAAGAGUGUAGAAGCACCUAACCCUGAUUGUA